AUGUCAAAAUUAUAUAAGUUAGAUGUUUGGGGCCCAUAUCUUGUGGGUUAUCCUGGCGAUGAUCGUCCUCGACGCAUAAACAAAGAAAAUAUCACAUUGAUUUGGUUUGAUUCAAAUAUGUCGCAAGAUCAAGAUGAUUUAUUGGAACAUCUUCGUGCAAUUAAUGAUUUUUCACUUAUCUAUACCGAUGUUGAUACUUGUAUUAAUUGUUUAAAAUCAAUCGAUACAGAAAAAAUAAUAUACGUAACAACAAAUCUUGAUUCAAUACAAAUUCUUUCAUUUGCCAAUAGUUUAACUCAGUUAGAUUCAAUUUUUAUAUACGAUAACGAGAAUACUCCUAUUGAAAAUUCGUUAUCCAAUCAUCCAAAAUUUGCAGGUAGAUUUUCUACAUGGGAAAUGCUGGAAAUAAAUUUAAAAAAAACGAUUGCAUGCCUUUUAAGACAUAUUGAACUAUUUACAUUUUACGAUCGACAUCAAAUCGCAACACAUAAUGUAACAAAGAUGAAAGUCGAAUUUUUCUGGACACAACUUUUUAACGAUAUGAUUCAUCGAUUGCCUCACGAUCAAAAAGCAAAAGAACAAAUGAUUAAUGCUUGUCGAGAUUAUUAUCGUGGUAAUAAAACUGUUUUAAGUAAAAUUGAUGAAUUUGCAAACACAUAUAAUGUUAAAGAUUGUAUUCGAUGGUACACAAAAGAUACAUUUGUUUAUAAACUUAUUAAUAAGGCAUUAAGAACAGAAGAUAUGGAACAACUUUAUACAUUUCGAUAUUUUAUUACUGAUCUAUCAAAAAGUUUAAAUCAAGAAUUUGGUAAACUUCGAAACAACACAUCAUCAUUGAUUCUCUAUCGAGGAGCAACUAUGUCUUGUGAUGAAUUUAAUAUUCUUAAGACUAAUGUGGGAUUCGUCAUAUCAACGAAUAGUUAUUUUUCUACUAGUCGGUUACAGGAAAUCGCUGAAAUCUAUGUUGGUUCUAAUGAUUCAACUUCCGUUGGUGUUCUCUUCGAAGUAGAAUGUGAUUUAACGAAAAACAUUAUUAUUGCCGAUGUAGCAGAUCUUAGUGAGAUACCUGACGAAGCUGAGUGCCUUUUUAAUCUUGGAACAACUUUCAAAAUUGUUUCUAUUGAAGAAAAAAAUCAAUACUCCUUGGUUAAGAUGAAAGCGACCGAUGAACAACGAACUGUGGUUAAUGAUUUUAUACAACAAUCACGCGAAGAAAUAGAAGAUGAAAGUCUACCAAUUGUGUUUGGUAUUCUUUUAAAUAAAAUGGGUUUAUAUGAUAAAUGUAUUCGUUAUUUUAAAAAUUUACUUCAAGAUUCUGAUGAAAGAAAUAUUUCACGAGUUCACUUUCAUAUAGCAGAUGCAUAUGAUAAUAAUGAUGAAUACGAUAUGGCUCUUAAACAUUUACAAAUUGCUUACAAACUUGUAAACAAUAGAAGAGACAAAGCUGGGCAGAAAGAACAAAUUUACAUAUGGCUUUAUACAAGUAUUGUACUAAAUCAUAUGGAAAUAUUUGAUAAAUCACUUAAAUACAGUAAAAAAGCGUUGAUAGGUUUUCAACGAAUCCAUGGACGAAUUAAUCAUCGAGAUAUUGCUAGUUGUUUAUUUUGCAUGGGACAAAGUUAUUUUGGUUUAUCAAGUUUUGGUUGUAAUAAAACCCGAUCGGCACAAGAUUUUCUUAUUAAAAGUUUUGAAUAUCAACAACAAGUAUUAGCUAUGCAACAAGCUUGUCUACCGUCAGAUCAUGCAGAUAUCGCUAUUACGUUAGGUGAAUUGAGUAAUUUAUUCUACCAUCUUCAUGAUCAACAGACAUCUUUAGAGUACAAUAAAAAAUCUUUAGAUAUACAAAAGCAACAUUUACCGAGUGAUCAUUUGUCAUUGGCAACUUCGUUGCGUAAUAUGGCAACUAGUUACUAUGAACAGGAUGAUCUUGAUACUGCCCUUGAUUAUUUUCAACAAUGUUUAAUAAUUCAACGUAAGCGAUUACCUCCAAUGCAUAUGGAAAUUGCGAGGACUGAACGAAAUAUUGCUAAAAUACUUGGUGACAAGGGUGAAGUAGAAGAAGCAAUGGAACAUCUACGUGAAGGUUUACCUUUUUCUCAAGAUUUAUUUAAUAGAGAAAAAAUAAACUUUUUAUAUAGAACUUCUAAAAAAAACAACUAA